GCCGAGCCGAGCAGAGCCGAGCCGAGCCGCAUCGAGCCGCAUCGAGCCGCGCCGUGACGCGUAAACAUCCCGCCUUGCCUUGCCUUCCCCGCCCCCCUGGCCCCGGCAGGGCCCCGCGCCCCGCAGGCCCCGAAUUGACUAAGGACCAAGGCGAAAGGCAAAGGCAAAGGCGCCAAGGCGCAGCCAAGGACCGAAGGGACCGCAGGGACGGCCUGACGUCGGCCAGGCGACUCGCACCACGUCAGUGACGUGGUGGUUGUUACGUGCCCGGUGUUGUUAUGCCGACAGUGCCAGUGAGUGUCGGCGAGUGAGUGAGUGAGUGCGCGCGGUGUGCAGCAGACAGCGCAGACAGCACGCAGGGCGAGCGAGAUAAGAAGGCGCCGAGGGACACGCCGGCGUCACCAUGGGCAAGAAGAACUCCAAGCUGAAGCAGGAGACGAUCGAGAGGCUGACGACGGACACCUACUUUUCCGAGAAGGAGAUUCGGCAAUGGCACAAGGGAUUCCUCAAGGACUGUCCAAACGGCUUACUGACGGAACAGGGCUUUAUCAAGAUUUAUAAACAGUUCUUCCCUCAAGGGGAUCCUACAAAGUUUGCGUCGCUGGUCUUCAAAGUGUUCGACGAAAAUAACGAUGGCUCGAUCGAGUUCGAAGAAUUUAUCCGUGCAUUAUCCGUGACGUCAAGAGGAAACCUAGACGAAAAACUCCAUUGGGCGUUCCGGCUGUACGACGUGGACAACGACGGCUUCAUCACGCGCGAGGAGAUGUACAACAUAGUGGACGCGAUAUACCAGAUGGUGGGCCAGCAGCCGACGGCGGAGGACGAGAACACGCCGCAGAAGAGGGUGGACAAGAUCUUCGACCAGAUGGACACGAACCACGACGACCGCCUGACCCUGGACGAGUUCCGGGAGGGCUCCAAGGCGGAUCCGCGCAUCGUGCAGGCCCUGUCGCUCGGCGGCGACCCCUCCACAUAGGCGGAUAGGGGAUCCCUUCCCUCGGGGCUCCCUCGGCUGCGAGACUGCCUCAAAGAGACUUUUUCCUGCAUCGGGCAUGCCUCGUGCAGGCCCUGCAGGGCGAGGCUCGCUUCGGGGCCGCCGCCUCGCCUUGGAGGCAUCGCCUUGAAGGCCUCGCCUUGGAGGCCUCGCUGCCACGCCGCCCCCUCUCACCUCGGGUGGCACUCUUCACCACUGAAUGUACCAUACAUUAUAUUUUUACUCUCUUGUUGAUGUUGUUGUUUCUGCUGCGACACUGUGGGAAGGGCUGCCGCUGUACCUCAGUGCGAGUGUGUGUGUUUGUAUGUAUGUGAGUGUGUGUGUGUGCGCGCGUCAUGUGUCUGUGUGAGAGGAGCUCCUCUGUGUCCGAUGCUCCGACGGGAUGGAAGUGCUGCACUUGUAUAUUCCAUAUUUAAUUGUAAGACUCGGCGCAAAGUUCUGAGACGGCGUUCGGGCUGAGGCCGGCCAAGACAGCGAGGGCCGAAGGCACUGUCCGGGCUCGAACCCUCGACUCGAGGAACGGUGUGGCAGAGGCAUGCUGCGCCUUGUACAUACAUUCUGCUUCCGCACUGCGCAGAGCGGCGCAGAGCGGCGCCGAGCGCGCAUCGCGCAGAGCAGGCCCUUGCUUCUCAAAGGGCCGUGAGUGUGUGUGCGUGCGUGUGUGUUAGUGGUUAUUGCCACAAGGUGCCCCAGAGAGGCCCCUUUUCUUUUAUUUUUUAUUCAUAAACCAUGAUGCCGGUUGUUUGCAAGUCUGAACCCGACGGCCCGUUGCGGGACCGGUUUCAGAAUGGGUAAUAAUAAUCAUCUCGUUUUAAAACUCUCAAUAUUGUUACUCGCGUUUUUUAAUAUGAUAAGAAAACUUUCAAAAUUCAUUUUUAACUUAUAAUGCUAAACCCGUGUUCCUUUGAAAAAAAUCUUUGUGCGAUGACACAACGUCUACCCAAGAUUGUGAAGUAAAACCGUUUUCCUAUCCCAUGUGGUUUCUCGCCACUUACCAAUCCAAAGAGAUUUCUUAUUCUUAAGGAAACCGUCAAUUUUGUACGCCUGCUCGCUGUAAGAUAGUUUGAUGGCCCAUUUGGUCCGAAUAUUUUUUAACAUCCAUGCCGGGUACUUGUUUUUGGUACUCACAUUUUGAUGUCUCUGCACAAGUAUGUAACUUCUCGCACCUCAUCCACCUUUCCUCUAGUGUCUUUGAAUGUGCCAGAAAUACUCUUCACGGUUAAGACGAUCGACUAGUUGGUUGUUGGUAGUGACGCCUGGUUCACCGGCACCACCACGGGAAGUUCUUUCCCGCCCUUGCUCAACGCUUUCCGACUUCGCACAAAGCUCGACUUUGACUGUUUUGGUUAACCGCAGUUGAGAUGCUAUAGGCGCCCUCCCCUAUACACAGCAAAAAAUGGUGCUCCGAAAAACGUUGAUACGACGACUCCAUCGAUGCCGAUCUGUGAGCCCAAAUUACUCUAGUCAGACGGUGCAAACUUCCGUCGCAAAAUCGAUGUGUCAAUUCGAUGUAGCACCUUACACUGGGGCAGUGGGUUAUACUUGUCGGUUGACCUCAAAAAUAAUAUUGAAACUUAAAUUGGAAACAAAUGAAAUCCAAAGAGAGCAUCAAAGCCGAAACGCCGAUGUUAGUACGUAGGAUAAAAUACUCUUUUGUACUUCUGCUAUUUUCUUCUUUCCUUACCUAAAAUACUCGUUUUGUAGUUGUUUCCAUCUAGUGUAUAGAUUGGUUCAUUAGCUCAGUCUGCCUGCUAAAGUAAAAAUCGACUGCUUGUAGGGCAGCAUUUUUUGUUUGGUUCCGUUUCUAGCAGAGGUAUGGAUUUUCUGUCACUUAUCGUGUUUUGUGUUUCUCGAACGAUGUUACCUGACUUCUAUUCAAUAUCUAUAGCUGUUGACUACCGUUCUUCCAUGCAAAAAAAGACGAUCAAUCAUACAGGAAAUAUUAUGUAAUUAUACUUUGAAUCAUGAAAGAAAUAAUGCAUUUGUUGUGAUGGCCUACAGCUGUAGCUGAUAUUUUACUCAAAAUUCGCGCACAGUGUCGCUACAGUGGAAAAAUGAUACAAGCGUGAGUUUGUCGUUUUCCGUGACGACCUUCCAGUGCGUUUUGAUUGUCACAACAAGCAACAGCGGCAAGUCCGAUUCGGUACCAUUUUAAGCUUGUUCACGGACUGCUCUAGUCAAGUUGCUACUCCUGUUUUCUUCUGUGAUAAAUUUAACAAAACGCAAUAAAUAAAUUAUGUGAUCGUUUGAUGCGUUUACUACAAGUAUGAGGAAGGCGACAUGUGAAGGGGGACUUUAACGAAGCCGUCACAUUCCUGGCAGCCUAUAUUUCGAAGUGCUUUUAGCGUGCGGCAUGGUGGCGCGCACUCCUUGUAAUUGUCUAUUUUAUGUUGCAUCCUACUCGGGGACAAGUCACUCCGGACGAGCUAGCAUGGACAAACGGCUUUGACUUUUCCAUGUUCACUUGGCUCAAAAAUAGGAUCACAACAGUCUGUUGUUGCAAUGGCCAGGUGAUUUCUCCUCGGGUAGCACACUGUAAAUACCUACUUCAAAUCUGUGUAACAGUCACGAUAAGCAGUUUUGCUUUAAUGUGUUAGUAUUGUUUAAACUAAACGGCCCACGCAGUGAAGACCGCCAGGCUUUAGUGAUUCUCGGAACCGGUCGCUGGAGUCUUCAAAACAUGAUGGACAGGGUUUGCUUUCUGUGUUCUGGUCUCCCGCUUCCACCACUCUCAACUCAGAACUGUGAACUAGCUUCGAGUCCGGGGACCCAGGCACGCCCAGGCAGUCGCAUCCACCGCGGCCGCGGCCAGUGCCCGACCCUGUCAGGGUCACCCUGAGCCUGCCCUGCAAGCCCUGCCUGCCCUGCCUGCCCUGCCAGCACAAAACACAUGGCGGCGUCAAAGAUUAACAGUGUAAUGUCACAUCGUGGUUCCAUUUUGAGGUCACCCGUCACACGUCAAGAGAAAAAUUACACGUUGCUCAGCACGAGACAUUGCCAUUCCCCCGACGAAUAAAAUUUUAACAUUGCUUCCAUGAAAUGGCACGGAAGAGGAUUCAACUUACCGACUAGGACUUAUAUUUUCGCUAUCCAUGGACCAGAUUGGUCGUAAUGCUCAAUAAAUUUAGCCAAUAAAUUGGAAUUUUUUGAAAGCCUCAAAAACGUUACUUGUAGCUUAACUUAAUAUUACCGAAUUUAUAGUUGGUGAGACAAUUUUGUUGAAAGCUGUGCUGGCAGCAUGGUCACGUGGCCGCAGCAGGCAGGCAUGAUCGUUGCAUGUUCAUUCAUUCAAUAUCGACGUAGUUCUAAGUUUGAGUAAUUUUCUGCAACCACUUAUGUAAGACGUCCAGUAUUGAGUGUUUGAUUCUAUUUUGUAUAGCUUAUUGUGAAUGAACUUUCUCAAAUUAAGUUUCGAGUCAUCAAAAAAUAAUAAUAAAAACAAUGUUGUCAAAACUGAUAGAAGAUCUCGCAAAUCUGAACUAAAAAAAGAAUACUUAUGAAUUGUUAGCCAUAUGGUUGUACGCUAUAUAACUGUAAAAUGCUAUGACAAAUCAUUAAACAGCUGUUAUUAAA